UAUUUGAAAAAUUUAACUGAAAUGCCAAAUUUGUUUCUGUCAAAGAAAUUUAAAGACGAAGGUAGUUUUAGUAGAGACUUAUAAUGUCUAAAAAGAGUAAUUUCUGUGGUAAAAAGCUCUGUCACCACGCAUCUAGAGCCGAGUCAAGCAAAGACGAUUCCGAAUAUCAAGAAGGAAUAAUAUGUCAAGAACAAGAUCUCAAAGAAAACGAGAUGAAAAUCUUCAAACUGCAAGACUACGAAGUCUUAUUAGUUAAGCAAAAUGGAAAAAUAAACGCAUUGGGGCCUCUUUGUACCCAUUAUAAGGCCCCAUUGGUCCAGGGAGUCCUGGGCGAUGGCAGGAUCAGAUGCAAGUUGCACGGCGCUUGUUUUAACUUAGAAACUGGCGAUAUUGAAGAUUUUCCCGGAAUGGACUCGUUGCCGUGCCACAAAGUCUCUAUAGAAAAUGGAAACGUGAAAGUAAGGGCUAAGACGAAGGAACUGAUCAGCCACAAACGAGUUAAGAAUAUGGCAAAGAAAGCGCCAUCUGCUAAGGAGCGGUUUGUGGUUAUUGGUGGGGGGCCUUCGGGGGCUACUGCUGUGGAAACUUUAAGGCAAGAAGGGUUUACUGGUGAGAUAGUAUUUGUUUUGAAAGAGAACUACUUACCUUAUGACAGGGUACUAGUCACCAAACAGAUGGAUUUUGAUAUAAACCAGGCACAGAUCAGAGACGUCCAGUUCUACCAAGAUCAUGACAUUGAGCUGCUUAAGGGGGUCGAGGCUAUCGCAGUAAACACAACGAAAAAAACCGUUUCCCUCUCAAACCAAUCAGAAAUAAAAUAUGACAAACUCUACAUUUGCACAGGCGGUAUUCCGAGAAAACUAGCUUGUCCAGGCAACAAUGCCAAAAACAUUUGUUAUUUUAAAGAAUAUGAUGAUGUCGCAUCAUUGUAUCCGAAACUAACACCGGAGUGCGAAGUGGUAGUGGUUGGUUCAAGUUUCGUGGCAAUGGAGACAGUCGCCUUUGUGGUAAAUAAAGUAAAAACCGUGACCGUGAUUAGUAAAGAAGAGGUGCCUUUUGCGUUUUCUUGGGGUAACACUAUUGGCGGUGCCAUAUUAAAGAUGUUUGAGGAGAAGGGGGUUAAAUUUAUUCUUAAUAGUGAAUUGAAAACAAUUAACAAAAAUGACCAAGAAGCGGUAUCCAGCGUCGAGCUCAUUAACGGUACGACUCUCAACUGCGACUUUCUCUUCUGCGGCAUUGGUAGCACCUACGAGACCGAUUUUCUGAAAGAUUCUGGGAUCGAAAUCAGACCAGACGGAGCAAUCGAGGUGGACGAGUAUUUACAAACCAACAUUCCAGACGUUUAUGUGGGAGGAGAUAUUGCUUAUGCUCCAGUUUGGUCGAACCACGAUCAAAAGGCCAAUAUAGGUCAUUAUGGUCUUGCACAUUUUCAUGGUCGAUCAGCAGCGAUUAAUAUGCUUGGAAAAUCUAUCCCUAUCAAAGCUGUUCCUUACUUCUGGACCGUGUUGUGUGGAAAACCAUUUAGAUAUUCGGGGUAUGGGAAAUAUGAUGAUGUAAUUUAUGCGGGGGAUCUGGCAGAGUUGAAGUUUAUGGCAUUCUUUUUGAAAGGGGAUGAAGUGAUUUCCGCGUUAUCUUGUGGUAUGGAUCCUCUGGUAUCAAAAUUUGCAGAAAAGUUGGCCCAGGGCAAGAAGUUAUAUAGAAAUGAUUUAAAAGGUGACCCACUAGCAUGGAGCAAAUAACCAUUAAAAUAGUAUUCGUCAAUUAUUUACAUCACCUACUAAGAAUGUUUUUCUAAAUUUACGAAAAAUAUAGAUUUUUUUAAAUAA